UAUAUACUAGGCACUAGCCAUGAGUUUUAUUUAUUAGGCAAACCCUUGUGGAUUCGAAAUCCUAUAUUACUUUGUUCAAGAAACAGCUCCAUUACAUUAAUUUGCUCUAGGAAAUGGGAAGUGAGUCCAAGCCAAAUAAAUUCCACUAUGAUUUAUCCAUGUCAAAGAGGACUCGAAGAUCAUUGAAUCUCGUUGAAGAUGAUCAUGAUCAAGGCUCAUUUCAAGCAUGGCAUGGAGAAGAAGAAUGUGCCCUGGAAUUUGCCAUUGGGGAUGAAGAAAAGGGCAGCAUUAGUUUGAGUGAAGCAUCGGAAAACGACCAAAAGAAGAGCUUGAAGCAGCUGAUCGGUGGAAGGAGCCUUAGCCAACAUUUCUCACAGGAAGAGCCACAGCUUCAAUUGGUUGUUAAACAGCAUGAUCAAGAAGGACUGAAUGGAUUGAAGUUCACAAGGAUGGUGAGUCGUUAUGCAAAAGCUUUAAGCCAUUUGAUCAAGCUUAAGCGAAAACAACAAAUGGGGCUUUACAAGAAACCAGUUCUUCCAUUGACCAAUUAAGUUGAAAUCUGUAGAAACUAAGCAGAAAUUAUAUGCUUAAUAGUCUUGGCUGCAGCUGAAUCUGCGUCCUGCUUUGAUUUGCAGCCCACAAAUUAAUUCUGCUGCCAUCUUGUUUUAUUUAUUGUUUGGCUUGUAAUAUUACUUUUUUGCAA